AUGGGUACGGAGGUGUUGCACCCACAAGAUUGCUUCAUCAAUGUUUCUCUGGUGAUUGGUACAAAGAAUGCAACAAACAACAACCAAAAGCCACCGGGGAAGAUGGGUUCAGCAUCCAGAAGAGACCUGAAUAUGAAGCUGCAUUGUGUAAAUGAUGACGAUUCGUAUGCGGGUUCCGCCUUCUUUCGUUCUCCCUCACCCAAGUCUCUACCUUUCCCUUCAUUCUUUAACAAGAAACAUGACUACUCAAGGGACAUGGUGGCAGAUCAUGAAGCCACCAAACAUCUAUGUCGCCUACUUCGACUCGGGUGA